AAAGGAGCAAGAAGCUUCACGUUGAGCCGCGUACACAAAGCUUUCCCUUCGCGAAGGCGAGAGAAAUCCCAAACCCAAACCCAAUCUCAUCUCUCUCUCCCUCUCGCUCCCCUCGAUCGGUCGGCGAUGACUCCGGGAAGUUCUGCCGGAUCGGGCGUCGUCGUUCCUCGGAACUUUAGGUUGCUAGAAGAGCUUGAGCGUGGGGAGAAGGGCAUUGGAGAUGGUUCAGUGAGCUAUGGAAUGGAUGAUGCAGAUGACAUCUACAUGCGAUCGUGGACUGGCACUAUUAUUGGCCCACAUAACACUGUCCAUGAGGGGCGCAUCUACCAGCUGAAGUUGUUCUGCGACAAGGACUACCCUGAGAAGCCACCAUCUGUUAGAUUUCAUUCAAGAAUCAACAUGUCAUGCGCUAAUCAUGAGACUGGAGUGGUUGACCCAAGGAAGUUUAAUGUGCUAGCAAACUGGCAGCGCGAGUACACAAUGGAAUACAUCCUAACCCAGCUCAAGAAAGAGAUGGCAUCCCCGCAGAAUCGCAAGCUAGUGCAGCCUCCAGAAGGGACAUUCUUCUAAAGAAUUGUUCGCUGACCCAUCUCCGGAUUCAAACUCAAGUCGAUCCAUGGGACUUCAAAAACAGCUUCUGCACCAAACCCCAUCUCCUAUGUUUGAUUUCUAGUUUUUGUGUGCCUACUAUGCGCGAACCACCGCGAUCGAGUAUCUAGUGGACUUAGUUUCUUGCAGAUUGUCUGGUGGUUGCUAGGGAGAUGGGCGUGAAACGGUUGCCAGUUUGGCAGGUAUUAAGGAUGUGUAAUUCAAGAAACUCCCGUGGGCAAUUGCAGCUUCUUAUUGACGGUAGGAUUUUUCUUUGGCUGCUAAA